AUGGUCUCCCACCUGCCCAGCAGUCCACAACCGCCUCUGCGUCUGCAGAUGGCGCCGCUGCUUCUUCUCGCUGCGCUGACGGCACUCUGCCCAGGCCUCGCCAACGGCCGCUCCUCCGAACUCGAUGUGAUCGCAGUGUUGAGCAUUGCCACGUGUGCUGCUACGUGGGAACUGCACGACAUUCUCAGGACUGAUACUCUACACAUGGCAAUCACAGAUAGCCCUUGUGCAAGAUUACCUCCACACCAAGCCAUCACUGUGCCAAUAACAGCAGUAAAAGAUGAGCUGGCGCAGCUUGUUCUCGACUUGCGAAGUGGAGGUGCCCUGUCCUGGAAUUCUGCAGUGGUGUUGUUCCACCAACAGCGUCAGCCAGUUAAGGAAUUACAGGCCAAUAUAGUUGAGGCAAUGACACGUAAUGAUGGUGGUUUGCCAAUUGCGCUCUCAUUCUUUGAACUCGCUGCUGAUCACACAAGAAUGAAUGAAAAAGUACUGCAGCUGUUUCGUAAGAUAGCCCAUGGUAAACUCAGCAGCCAUAUAUUGGCAGUUGUUCCUGAAAGUCUUGCAUCUGUCUUACUUCAUCAGGCUAAAGAGCAAAGAUUAAUGACACCAUAUUACCAGUGGCUGCUCAUUGUGCCAGAUGUUAUGAAUCCCUAUGGUUUUAUUGACCUGUUGAGGGAUGGCAGCAAUGUUGCCUUUAUCUGUAACACUUCAAUCAAGAAGAGAGAUUGUUUGGAAGGCAUUUAUUGUCACAUAUCAGAAGUGGCUCACAGUUUUGUAGCUGCCCUGUCCCACACUAUACAGCAGGAGAAGAACAUUUCACAACAAGUGUCUGAAGAUGAAUGGGAUAUUCUACAGCCAUCAAAAAGGGAACACCAUGAUGCCAUUCUUGCAGCUCUUAUUGAACAGCUAGAUGUUAAAGGAAAAUGUGAUGCAUGUAGAAGAUGGACAAUCUUUGCAGCAGAAACUUGGGGAGUAGGUGCUGUUAGCUCACUUCCAGAAAUAGGUAUAUGGACUACUCAUCUGGGGACACAAUUAACAAACAAUUUGUUUCCACACAGUGCUCACAAAUUUUGUGGUCGUAACUUGCAAGUGCUCUCAUUUCAUAGUCCACCAUGGCAAAUUAUCCAUUACAAUGCCACACGAAGGGAGUUCCAAUAUGAGGGUGUCUUCUUCAAAGUUCUAAGUGUGCUGUCUGAGCGACUGAACUUCAGGUAUAGAGUAAUAUUUUUAUUAUUCCAGCAGAUAUACUAUAGCACACAUUCUCAGGAUGCAGGAAAACUUUUUAGCUUUCAUAUAACUUACUGCAACCCACCUAACAAUGCUAGCUGGGCAUCAAAGGUGCCGCACUGCUGCAGCUGCUCAUUUGGUGGUGGUGUGGUUGCCAGCCUGUUUUGUGUCCUCUAUACAGUGAUGCAACCAACAGACCACAAAGGAAAUAUUGCCAAUGAUACUGAUCUUGUUGGCUCUGAUGUGAUGGCUACACAGCAACAGAGUGUUUUUAUUGGAGCAGCAGCAUUCAUCAUAAAUGAUGCCCAUAAACUGAAAGUGAAUUUUACUUUUCCUCUGGGUACUGUCACAUACACUUUCUUAUCUGCACGACCUCGAGAGCUGAGUAGAGCUGGGCUCUUCAUACGUCCAUUUGGAAAUGAUACAUGGCUAUGUGUUGUGGCAUCAGUACUGAUGAUGGCAAUGUUAUUGUACUGGAUGAAUCAUCUAAGUGUGGUUCCCCGACUGAAAAAGGUCAAUGGUCUUGCAAAAAUGGUGAACUGCUUUUGGUACAUGUAUGGUGCCCUGUUACAGCAAGGUGGAGCAAACAUGCCAAAAGCAGACAGCAGUCGCUUAUUAGUAGGAACAUGGUGGCUUGUUGUCCUUGUCCUAGUUACAUCAUACAGUGGAAACUUGGUGGCUUUCCUUACAUUUCCAAUACUAGAAGCUCCUUUGACAUCUGUUCGCCUUAUGCCAGGAAGGGGACUUUCUUGGGGUCUGAUAACUGGUUCUUCAUUGGAACAGUUACUAAAAACAUCGGAUGACCCGGAACUGCACAAGCUGCAUGAGGAUGCUGUGCAGCAUAAAGAACUGAAUGAAUCUCUGUUGUCAAUGCUGGCAUCAGGUGAUCACAUCCUCCUCCACAGCCGUCUUACACUGCGGCGACUGACACGAAUUGACCUGCGCAAGUCAUCAGUGUGUCGCUUCAUGAUAGGCGAUGAAAAUUUUGUUGAAGAAGAAGUUGCUAUGAUUCUACCAAAGGAUAGUCCAUACUUAGAGAUGAUAAAUGAAGAGAUAAGGCGGCUAAAGCAAUCAGGUCUUAUCGAAAAGUGGGAGGCUGACAGCAGACUCUCUGGGGAUCGCUGUACACAAAUAGCAUCUGCAUCUGAUGUUUCCAACCACAAAGUCAACAUGGCUGACAUGCAAGGGUGCUUCUUUGUACUUUUACUUGGAACUGCAGCAGCAUCCAUAACAAUAACUAUGGAACACAUAUUCCACUUGUAUACAAAAUCAAGAGAAAGAAGACUGGUCAAACCAUUUAUCAUCUGA